AUGAUGUUCCUGCCAAAUGGUGUUCUCUAUGAGAUAAGUGACAUAGCUAAUGGGCUAAACGCAGAUGCAUUAGGUGUUAAUCUUCAAUUUGCUCCUCAUAUUGGUUUUUAUGAAUGUUUAAAUUCAACUACUGUUCAUAUAACUGACUUUGGUUACAUUUACAAAAGUGAUGAAGUUGCAGUUUUGACAAGUAAUGGACAUUUUGCUUUUCAUGAUUAUUUCUUUUAUUUUGCUAACAAUGAUAAUAAAAAUUGUGUUGGACAAUUAAGAUAUAAAUUUUACUUAACUGGCACAAAUCCCUUUGAUCCAAAGAACAUUCCAAAUUAUUUUGGACCAACUGCUGGUGUUGUAUGUCAGUUGGUUGGAGCUGGACAUUAUACAUGGCCAACAGAAAAACGAUAA